GGGUCUGCAAAAGAUCGAAUGGAAAUGCUGCCAUUGAUCAGACUGUGGAGCAGUGUGUGUGUGUGUAGGUGUGCUUGGCUGUGUGUGAGACCGGGUCUUUGAUGUAGACAGGCUGAUCACAGAUCAGAUACACGCGCUUCGUAUCCAGAAAGCCACCCCCCUCUGUCUCUGUCUCUCUCCGCCUUUGAUCUCGGCGCUCGCUCGGUCUGCCCUCGAUCCGCAGCGGCUCGGAGUUGAGCUGUGCCGGGCUGGAGCAGCAGCAGCAGCACUGACAUGGUGAGCGAACCGGUGCGGGAAACAGGCCACCACACCUCUCACCGGUCAACUUUGGACUUCUAAGAAGCAAUACUCCAGUCAACAGGCUUCUUUUGUAGCAGCUCUGAGCAGCUCAUCAACAUGGUCAGGAUGCUUCAAAACACCUUCUCACUCGUGAUAAUUCUGCAUGUCCUAUAUUCAGCUCUGAGUCACGCGAGAGCCGAGGAGGAGACCAGAGAAUGCCGAGAGCAGGAGUACAAGGACCACUUCGGAAACUGUAAACCCUGCAAACAGUGCGAUGCAGGACAGGAGCUUUCAAAGGAAUGUGGCUUUGGUUAUGGAGAGGAUGCCCGGUGUGUGCCCUGCCGGAGCAGUCGCUUCAAAGAGGACCGGAGCCUGCAGAAGUGCAAACCCUGCCUGGACUGUGGACUGAUCAACCGCUUCCAGAAGGGCAACUGCUCCACCACGAGCAAUGCUGUGUGCGGUGACUGCCUGCCAGGAUAUUACAGGAAGACAAAACUAAGCGGUUUCCAAGACAUGGAGUGUAUACCUUGUGGGGACCCUCCACCUCCUUAUGAGCCCAACUGCAGCGGGCGUGUGAACCUGGUGCCGCUGCCUUCGGUAGUGACCAGUCCGCGGGACAUGGCCCUGGCUGCGGUCAUCUGCAGCGCUCUUGCUACAGUGGUGCUGGCCCUACUCAUCUUGUGUGUCAUCUACUGCAAGAGGCAGCUGCUGGAGAAGAAGCCCAGCGCCUCUCUGAGGUCUCAGGACUGUCCUUAUCGCGGGGCGGAGCUCUCCUGCCUGGACGCCCGCUGGCUCCAUGACUUUCCACAGAGACCCUGCUGCCAGUGUCACCUUGGCCCCGGACACACCUGCGGUCCCGUCCAUCUAAUCCCGUCUCUGUGCUGCGAUGAGAGCUGCAGUCUGGGCCACAGCCAGGGCAACAGUCCUUUCCAGUCCCAGAUGAGUCUGAGUGAAGGAAAUACACACAUAAAUGAGGAAGGCACUCCAAUGCAGCUGGAAGGAUACCCCGAGGCUGCCUGCGGGGGCGCUGGUGGGACGAAAGGAAGCUCGGAGCCUGCCGAGUAUUUUGAUGAACCUGCAGAAGGACCCGUGGUGGCGGGUGAAGAGGAGGAUGAGGAGGAGAGGUGUGCGUUGAGGGACAAAUCACCUGAGAGGAGCUGCAGUGAAGCUGUGACAGAAGUACUGACUCAGGAAGGAUGACAUAGAUUUCUUUGGCUUGUGUUCCACCCUUGAACCACCCUGGACUCAACAACAGCCGCAGCCAGAUCCUGUCUCGGAUUUCUGACUAGUCCCCCCCCCCCCCACCUCCUACACACACUCACAGACAAGCAGUGUCACUCACACUCACAAGUGUGGCCACACUGCUCGUCUCGGAGUCCUCCGUCUGAUGGUCCCUCCAGAAUACGUACAUACACGCAAACAAAAGCAUAGAGACUGUGAAUUCAUUGGCCCAGAAGGUAAAAUCAUAUGAAGUUCAAAUGUCGAGGAUUACUGACUUAUCGCGGAGCAAAGUGAAUCAAAGUGGGCCUCUGCUCUGCAUCGAGAAUGUCUUGCAUCUUCACGUGUAAGAGAACAAAUCCGUACCGCUCGUUUAGCAGCUGGUGUUAUGAAGCUUUUGUGUGUAAAGUUGUAAAGUUUGAAGUGUGAAGAAAAGUGUCAAAAGUGAUUAUGUUGCACAUUGAAGACAAUCUUGAUAACGUGGAACACGCUAAGACAAAGAAUGUCUAAGUGAUAAAGGUGUUGUAGAUACUGUAAGAUAGUAAAUAGGCCAAUAUUUUUGUAACAUAGACAUCAUGUAUACCCCCCCCACCCACCCUCCCAAUGCACCCAGUUAUGUUGAUGGUUGUGUUUGGUCACUUCCACAUGCCAUUGUUGUAAAUAAACCACUUGAACAUGUUUACUUUCAUUCUGUCUUAAAUCUUUAAUGAAAUUAAAAAGUCAAUUAU